AACAAAGAAAAAAAAACAAAGAGUGUAAUUCCAGGAUACGACCUGUGUGAUUUCUCUGGGCUGGAUGAUUGAGACUCCAAGAUUCCAUCCUUCUUACAAGUUGCCUGAAAGAAUUCACCAUCAAUUAAUGAUGCAGCACUAACAAGACUUCAUCCAAGAUUACAUGACCAUAACCACGAUAUAGAAAUGGUGUGUACUGAACGAAACUCCAGCACCUCUGUGCCCAAAAAGGAGCCUCAAGUCCAUCAUAAACGCAAAUCCCGCCCUCAGAGCCUCCCAUCUCCGGCGCUAUGCUGCGCAUGUGGCCUGUGCAUCAUGCUCGCGGGUAUCAACAUCACCCUAGUGGGCGCUUUCGCCUUUACUACGCUCAUGCCUUCCGGUAACCCACCUAUCAUCAUUGGACCCGUUCUUCUGCUCAUUGCCUUCACUUUCUUUGCCGCCUGCUGCGUGUGCAGCCGCAUGCCUCCGCCACAUAGCUCACGUCGAACCAAAUCGGGCAACGUGGGAUUCAUGAGGCACCACGGUGCGGCAUUUGAGAUUGAAACAAGUGAGCACACCAUUCAGGACACAACCGCCGUCCAGCUCAGUCCCACCAACUCGCCCAGCCUGUCGCGCAGCUCGGAAUCAGAUCGAGAUGCUAAUGUGAAUGCAAACACCAAUGUUAAUACUAAUGCUAAUGCACCUGCUCCGGACUAUUCGCUCUUCACUAUGGAUGCUAAUGGGCCGAACUCGGCAUCAGUAGCUUUUUCCACCACUACAGGAAGUGGGGAAGCAGUCAAGCUCACGUUGCCAUCCAGUGCCACCUAGGAAAGACUAUAAGUCUCUUCUGAAAUGUAAAUAUAAAAUGUUGCAGGAGGAAAGAUAGCUGACACUUGGGUGCUAUUUUGGUGUGGUUCAGUGUGGUGCGUAAAAGAGCUGAAAGUGUCCUGAUCCAGAGGUGUCCAUGAAGUAACAAACUUGCCAUCGGUAGCUUUUACAGCCUCCACAGGAAGUGAGAAAGAAAUCAAGAAAUCAAAUUCACUUUAUCAUUGAACACCACCUAGAAGAAUCUGCAAAUCUUUGCAGAGAUGUAAAUAAAAUGUUUUGCGAGGGAAGUGGCACUUUGUUUGGUGCUAUUUUGCGGUUGGAGCUCAUUAAG